CACUCGGGUUUCUUUUCUUCUGCUCCUUUCUCCAUUGGCCUCUGCAUCUUUUAUUAUUCCUUUCUCUUCUUUUUCAUAUAUUUUUCUUCAAGAAUUGAAAGUGGGCUCUCUCUCUGGUUGAGCUCCUUAAUUGACUCGUUUCUAUUAUAACCUCUUCCAGAAUAUAUCUCCGAGUUCAUCACUUUUAUUUCUAUCUUUAAAUCUACGUUUUGUAAUGCAUCUUUGCACGUGUUUUUGUAUGUAUCCAAGAUCUUAGCUGACUGAUUUCUUUGCAUUUUCUUGAUCCCCCCCUCCGUCAUGGAUCUUUUAAGCAAACGCUACCUGAUCCAUGGCUCCGAAGCUAUUUCUCCAAUGACUAGUCCCGGAAGUUCAAUCUUUCGGCCCACCGCGCAUUCCUCGGACACCAGUUUCCCCAUCAUAGCCAUUGCCGUGAUAGGAAUCAUGGCCACAGCUUUCUUGCUAGUUAGCUACUACGUAUUUGUCAUCAAAUGCUGCCUCAGUUGGCAUCGUAUUGAUAUUCUACGACGUUUUUCGCUAUCAAGACGCCGUGAGGAGCCUUUGAUGGUCUACUCUCCGGGGAUAGAGUCUCGAGGACUCGACGAGUCUGUGAUCCGAUCAAUCCCAAUACUGCAGUUCAAGAAAGAAGGCAAAAGAGAUUUCGGAGAAAGAAGCUUUUGCGAGUGUGCAGUUUGCUUGAAUGAGUUUCAGGAGGAUGAGAAGCUAAGAAUCAUUCCGAACUGUAGCCAUGUAUUUCAUAUCGAUUGCAUCGAUGUUUGGCUUCAAAGCAAUGCUAAUUGCCCACUUUGUAGAACCAGCAUUUCGGCCACAUCCCGGUUCCACACCGAUCUAGUUCUUGCUCCGAACUCCACCCCUGAAGACCCAACUCCGUAUACCGAUAAUCUCAUUGGUGGCGAUGAAGACUUCGUGGUAAUUGAAUUGGGUAACGAUUAUUCUCCAAAUCAAACAUUGCUCGGAACCCAACAAAGACUGAACUCAAGAGAAUUAUCGACUACUAAUUCCAUUAGUCCUUCGCCGGGGAAGUUGGAGUACCAGAGAAUUGUGCAGAAGAAGGGAAGGAAGUUUGAUAAGGUUACAAGCAUGGGGGAUGAAUGCAUCGAUACUAGAGGCAAAUUAGAUGAUCAGUUUGCAAUCCAACCCAUCAGGAGGUCUUUCUCCAUGGACUCAUCCACGGACCGGCAGCUCUAUUUAGCAAUUCAAGAGGCGUUAAGACAAAAUAGACAAGCCAGUGAGGUCAGUCCCAUUGAAGGUUGCAGUAGUACAGUACGAAGAUCAUUUUUCUCUUUUGGGCAUGGUAGUAGAUCCAGAAGUUCCAUUCUUCCAGUUUACUCAGAACCAUAGAACCUUUAUUUUUCUGUUUUCUUUUUCGGCAUUUCUUUAGUAUUUUUCUGUUUUAGAGAUUUCGGAUGUACCAUUGAGAGGAUGUAGGAUUUUUUUAAUUAAAUAGAAACAUUCAUUUGAAAUUUGAAAGAAUAGUUCUAUUUGAAUAUUUUCAGCAUAUGAUGGCAUGGG